CACACAAACACACACACAUUUGUGUCGGUUAAAUUAAUUCCCGGGACCUUUAUUUAUAUUCAACAAGAAACUUUUUGUACUUUAAAGAACCGUAUUCGGGAGACAAGACCGAAUUCGGUCUGAAAAGUCGAGGGAAUGAUACGGGACACGGGCACGUCUUUAUAAGAGCGUUGUAUUUAUAUUCAAAGUGACUUGCAGUGAAAGAGCGAGCGAGAGAGAGGGAUAUCAUGGCCGCUCAGGUCGCCACUCUCAACACUAGUCCGCCCGUCGAACUCAAAAAGCCGGAGCGGGAGCCGCACGACGACUCGGUGCUCGGAGAGAAGCAGCCGGAAAACAAGGAGCCCCGCGCCGACGGUGGAUCCCCGGGCCAGAAGGAGCUGCAAGACGGGGCUGAUGUGGGAAAUGCUGCUGCUGGGGGAGGAGGAGGAGACCCUGACAUGAAGAACGGCAACGGUAACCCGUCCAUGGUGAACAAUAACAAUAACCAGAAUGAUUCCGAGGGGAACAACCACCCCGGCAUUACGCACCACCACUCGGGCGCCUUCCCUCCACCUCCUUACGGCUACAACCAGCACUACAACCGGGCCCCUUUUCAUCAACAUGGCGGACAACAAAGCCCUGGCAUGGCAGGGCCGGCUGUGAUGGACCCAUACCCGCCCAAUUCACACGAGCACGGCUACCCCAACCACUUCAACAACUACAGCUCCUUCCCGAACCGGACACAGUACAACCAGGGCCAAGGGUACGGCAUGAAUUCCCCGCGGAACAGCCAGGCGCCGGCGGCCGGGGGGCAGCCAGGCAAGCAGCCGCCGCCAGGAGGAACCGCUCCGAUGGUCGCUUCCUACAACAACCAGAGGUUUAACAUGGGAACCCCUCAGCCCACCUCCACCCCGACUUUAAACCAGCUCCUGACCUCUCCCAGCUCCACCAGGAGCUACCAAAACUACCCACCCAGUGAGUACAGCAGCCAGGAAGGAGCUGCAAAGGGACCAGGGGACAUGGGCAGCAGUGGUCCGUAUGGAGUGGGCCAUCCGGGCUGGCAACAAAGAAGCCAUCACCCUUCUCCAAUGAGCCCGGGAAACACUGGACAAGCCCUCAGCAGAAACCAGCCCCCUGUUCCCAUGGACCAGGUGGGAAAGAUUCGAGGGCAGCACUACGGUUCAGGAAACCCCUAUACUCAGCAGCAGGGGCCUCCCCCAGGCUCCCAGCAGGGAACUUCCUACCCAGCACAGGCUUAUGGACCUCCGGGACCUCAGAGGUACCCAAUAGGCAUGCAGGGACGAACUUCUGGAGGCAUGAGUGGAAUGCAGUACGGACAACAGAUGGGCUACGGACAGCAUGGCCCAGGUGGUUAUGGCCAGAACCAAGGUGGCUACUAUGGACAACAGGGACCUUCUCCCCUAGGAGGCCCCCAACAGUCUCCAUACCCUCAACAGCCCCCUGCUGGACCAAGCACCCAGCCUCCAUACUCUCUUCAACCCACUGGCCCUCCCCAUGGCCAGAGUGGACCCCCUUACAGUCAGCCUCAGGGCCCCCACGGUCCCCCUCAGGUCCAGCCUCCAUACUCCCAGACUCCUCAGUCACAGACAGGCCAGCCUCCUUACACCCAGUCCCAGGGAACCCCACAGUCCCAGGGUCCCUCUCAGGGCCAGCAAGGGCCUCAGUCGCAGCCUGCAUACCCUCAGCCAUCUCCCGGUACAGGGCAAGGUCCCUCUCCACAGCAGCAGGGUCCACCACAGUCACAGCCACCAAACUCGGUACCCCCACAGUCAUCCCAGCAGCCUUCUGGACAGGGUCAGCCCUCGCCCUUCUCACAGACCCCUCCUCUGCAGUCUCAGCAACAACAACAGCAGCAACAGCAGUCAUCCUUCCAACGCUUUCCACCACCACCACAGGAGCUAUCUCAAGACUCUUUCAGCUCCCAGUCAUCAGCUCCAUCUUCCAAUCAGCCCAUGGUGUCCAGUAAGAGUGGACCAGAGGAGAACAUGCAGGGACGACCUUCCAGUCUACCUGAUCUGUCAGGCUCCAUUGACGAUCUCCCCACGGGCACUGAAGGUGCUUUAAGCCCAGGUGUGAGCACUUCAGGUGUGUCUAGCAGUCAGGGAGAGCAGAGCAACCCAGCGCAGUCACCCUUCUCUCCCCACACCUCCCCUCACCUACCUGGCAUCCGCGGUCCUUCACCCUCACCUGUCGGCUCACCCGCUAGUGGUGCUGCCUCACGCACGGGACCCCUCUCACCUGGAGCCAUGCCAGGAAACCAGAUGCCCCCCAGACCCUCUAGUGUCCAGUCAGAUGGCAUGUUACAUUCCUCCUUGGGUCAGGAUAGAGUAUAUAUGAGAAACCCACAGAUGCCAUACGGCUCUCCUCAACCGGGAUCCAAUUUAUCUCCACGGCAAUCAUCUGGAGGCCAAAUGCAUGGAGGGGUGGGUCUCUUCCCACAGAACAACUCCAUGGGCAACUAUGGACUGCAGGGUGGCCAGUAUGGACCACAAGUUUACACGAGGCCACCAGGUUAUGGAGGCAUGCCUAACACUAAUUAUCCGGGUGGUCCUGGAAUUGGCGGCUCCAUGAAUCCUAUGGCAGGGCAGGGUGGAGGGGGGCCAUACGGAGGGAUGCCUCCUGGGCGCAUGGGUCCGGGGCAGAUGGGUACAAGGCCGUAUGGUCCCGGUAUGACCCCCAACAUGGGUCCCAACAUGGGCUGCUUGCCGGCAUCAGGGAUGUGUCCUCCACCUGGAAUGAACAGGAAGCCCCAGGAUCCUGCUGUGGCAGGCAUGCAUCACGGCCCAUCCAACUCAAUACACAGGCCUCCUGGUUAUCCCAACAUGGGUCAAGGCAUGAUGGGAGCUGGGUCUCCGUAUGCCCCGCCCAUGAACAGCAUGCAGGGAAUGAUGAACCAAGCAGGACCAUACCCAAUGCCUGGCAAUAUGGCCAACAACUCCGCAGGCAUGGCUCCCAGUCCAGAGUUUGGCAUGGAUAAACUCAACCAAUCCCAGAAGUUGAAUAACAAAGUUGAUGGGACUCCUAAGACCGAAUCGAAGAAGAAAUCGAGUUCCUCUACCACCACUAAUGAGAAGAUCACUCGUUUGUAUGAACUGGGUCCAGAACCAGAGAGGAAGAUGUGGGUGGACCGUUACCUGGCGUUCGCCGAGGAGAAAGCCUUGGGGAUGAGCAAUCUCCCCGCAGUGGGCCGCAAGCCCCUCGACCUCUUCCGCCUCUACAUGUCUGUCAAAGAGAUUGGCGGCCUCACUCAGGUGAACAAGAACAAGAAGUGGAGGGAAUUAGCCACUAAUCUUAAUGUGGGCACAUCUAGCAGUGCAGCCAGCUCUCUGAAGAAACAGUACAUCCAGUGUCUGUACGCCUUUGAGUGCAAGAUCGAGCGAGGAGAAGACCCGCCUCCUGACUUCUUCAACAGUGAUCCAAAAAAGAACCAGGCCAAGGUCCAGCCUCCAUCACCAGCUGGAUCAGGAUCUUUACAGGGUCCUCAGACGCCUCAGUCAACCAGCAGCUCCAUGGCCGAGGGUGGAGACCUGAAGCCCCCUACACCUGCCUCAACACCGCAUAGCCAAAUGCCCCCCAUGCCAGGUGCAAGGAGCAGUGUCAAUUUGCAGGACCCGUUUGCUGAUGGUGGGGAUCCAGCCUUUGGCAGACGUAACUCGGUGACCCCUAAUUCAGGUUAUCAGCCUGGUAUGGGUGGACCAGACAUGAUGGGCCGUAUGGGACCUUAUGAGUCCAAUAAGGACCCCUUUGGUGGUAUGAGAAAAGCGGGUGAGCAGUUCAUGAGUCCAGGUCAAGGCCCAAACAGUGGCGUGGGUGAACAAUAUAACCGAGGCCCUUCAGGACCUAUGAGUAAUAUGCAGAUGGGUCAAAGACAACAGUACCCAUAUGGUCCAGGAUAUGACCGACGACCAGAUUCAAGUAUAGGCCCAGAUGGUAACAUGGGUCCACAGCCUAACAUGAUGCCUUCCGGUGCAGAUGCAGGGAUGUACUCACCCAACAGACCCCCACAGCAGCAGAGGCAUGAUUCUUACAGUAAUCAAUACCCUGGCCAAGGUGCUCCUCCUAGUGGACCAUACCCAAACCAGCAGCCAGGAAUGUACCCACAACAGCAACAGAAUUACACACAGAAGAGGCCAGUUGAUGGUGUUUAUGGUCCUCCUGCAAAGCGUCAUGAAGGGGACAUGUACCCCUACAGUGGUCAACAGCAGGGACCCCAGGCCCCAGGUGGACCUCAGUCCCAACCAGAAAUGUACAACCAGUAUAACACCUAUCCUGGCUCAGACAGACGUGCACCUGGUCCACAGAGCCAGUUUCCAUUUGGUUUUGGGCGAGAUCGAGGGCCUAAUGCGAGCGGCCCCAAUUCCCAGUCCUCUAUGCUACCACAGAUGAUGGGUAGCUCCAUGAGUGGCUCCAUGCCAUCAGGCCCCGAUGGACCCCAAGGUUCCAUCUGGCCUGGCCGUAAUGAGAUAAACUACCCUAACUAUCACAAUCGCCAGGGGGGCCCUGGUGUCCCCUCUCAGGGCCCAAGCUACCACGGCAUGAAUCGCUCUGAAGACAUGAUGACUUCAGACCAGCGCAUGAACCAUGAGGGUCCUUGGUCUGGCCAUGUUAACCAGCGGCAGCCCCCAUAUGGGCCUGGAGCAUCUGGACAACCAAUGUCCAGACCUCUUCAGCCCAACUAUCAAUCUUCCCAGAACCACAUUCCACAAGUGUCCAGCCCUGCACCCAUGCCACGACCAAUGGAGAACAGAACCUCACCCAGCAAGUCCCCUUAUAUGCACUCGGGGAUGAAAAUUCAGAAGGCUGGACCUCCGGUUCCUGCCUCACAUAUUGCCCAGCCGCCAGUGCAGCCCCCUCUGAUACGGAGAGACGUGGCAUUCCCACCAGGUUCAAUAGAGGCCUCUCAGCCCCUUCUGAAACCACGUCGCCGCGUUACCAUGAAAGAUAUUGGAACACCAGAGGCCUGGAGAGUCAUGAUGUCCCUAAAAUCAGGCUUGUUAGCUGAGAGCACUUGGGCCUUAGACACCAUUAAUAUUCUUCUAUAUGAUGACAACAGCAUUUCUACCUUCAGUCUGAACCAGCUUCCUGGUUUCCUUGAGCUCAUUGUUGAGUACUUCCGAAGGUGCCUCAUUGAGAUCUUUGGCAUCUUGAAAGAGUAUGAGGUUGGAGACCCUGGGCAACGUACCCUGAUUGACCCAGAUGCUAUUGACCCUGAAAUGUCUGAUGAGGAGGGGCCAGAGGCAGAGCAGAUGGAAGAUGAUGAAGAGGAUGAUGAAGAUGAUGCAGAGAACAUUAUUGUGCAAACAUCACAGGUCCAGAUCAAGCAGGAGAAAGAGGAGAAUACAGUGGUCCAAAAAUCCAAUGACAAGCUUGACCAAGAGAAGGAAGUAGAAGAUUCUUCUUUUAAAGAUCUCCUCAGAUCAUCUACUCCUUUGCAAGACAUGAGUGCUGCCCAGGAGAGGCCAAAGCAGGCUAGUAAAUUCGACAAGUUACCCAUCAAGAUAAUGAGGAAGAAAGACCCAUUCGUGAUAGGGCAGACUAGUAAAUUGGGCCGGCGACAAGCCUUUGAAAGUGGUCUGAUCCAUUGGAGUGUGGGUGGUGGAGAUAACACAGAGCAUAUACAAACCCAUUUUGAGAGCAAGAUGGAGCUGCUGAAGCUGCGGAAACGGGUGCCAGUGAAUGUUGAGCCUCAUAAAAAGGUACCUCAAGUAGUGAAACCUGUUAUGGAUGACACUGAGAAGGCGCAGACAAGUGAAGAACAGCAAAUACCACAAGUACAACUACAGCCUUCCACAGAACAUCCUGCAGAGGACAAAACCACUACAACUGCUUGCACGUCAAUGAGCAUAACGGCCACCUUUGAUGAUGUCCUGUCGGCUCGGCAAGGCUGUGUGACCGAGGAAGCAGUCCGAGGCAACCAUGAGAGUGCCAAAGCGAACAAAAAGUUUCUCUUUGGCAUCGACCUUUUGCAACAGAGUCGUAAUAUCAAGAUCUUGGAGGAUGAGCCGCACAGCAAGGAUGAGACCCCACUCUGUACGCUCUCAGAUUGGCAGGAUGCCCUUUCUCGGCGCUGCAUCUGCGUUUCCAACAUUGUUCGCAGCCUUUCCUUUAUUCCGGGUAAUGAUCUGGAGAUGUCAAAGCAUCCAGGUCUUUUGCUAUUAUUGGGCCGGCUUGUCCUACUGCACCACCGGCAUCCUGAACGCAAGCAAGCCCCAGUCACCUACGAGAAAGAGGAAGAAGAGGACGAAGGUGUCAGCUGUGAGCGAGAUGAGUGGUGGUGGGACUGCCUUGAGGUUCUGCGGGAGAACUGCUUGGUCACAUUAGCAAAUGUCUCAGGCCAGUUGGACCUUUCCAUCUACCCUGAAAGUAUUUGCCUGCCGCUGCUAGAUGGCCUGCUUCACUGGGCCGUGUGCCCUUCGGCAGAAGCCAUUGACCCCUUCCCUACAUUGGGGCUCAGUGGGACUCUCUCUCCCCAGAGACUGGUCCUCGAAACCCUCAGUAAGCUUAGCAUCCAUGAUAACAAUGUUGACCUCAUUCUGGCUACAGCGCCUUUCAGCCGUUUGGAGAAGCUCUAUGGCUCACUUGUGCGGAUGGUCGGUGAGCGCAAAGUGCCCGUCUGUCGGGAAAUGGCAGUGGUGUUGUUAGCUAACCUGGCGCAAGGAGACAACGUCGCAGCUCGGGCUAUUGCUGUGCAGAAAAGCAGUGUUGGAAAUCUUCUUGGCUUCCUGGAGGACAGUCUUGCAGCCACUCAGUUUCAUCAGAGUCAGGGCUCGCUGCUGCACAUGCAAGGUGCACACUUUGAGCCCACUAGUGUGGACAUGAUGCGGCGGGCGGCGCGUGCCCUGCACGCCCUUGCCAAAGUAGAAGAGAACCACUCUGAGUUCACGCUGUACGAGUCACGGCUACUGGACAUAUCGGUGUCCCCACUCAUGAACACUUUGGUGUCCCAUGUAAUCUGUGACGUACUGUUUCUGAUUGGCCAGUCAUGACAGAUGUGGGGUUGAUCAUGUUUUUCCCCACUUGUUUUUUUUUAUUUUUUAUGUGUGUGUGUCUGCGUGAGUGGAGAAGAUUUAACAGCAAAACUGACUUUUCUUUUUUUUUAUUUAUGCAAAAUCACCUCAGAUUCCAUUGUCUAUUCUGUCUACCCUUGCUUUGCCCUUGAGGAAGGAUAUACCAUUAAAUCGUAAUGGAUUAAACACAUAAGGAUAAGAAUAAAUCUAACAUUAAUGUGCCGACUGAGACCCUCACCCCAAGAGUGCGCUGCUCUUGGACUUUUUUUUUCGUAAGUAAACAUAAAAUGACAAAAACAAAACUGUAACCAAAGUUACUGUCACGUUUACAGUGAGUUUGGGGAAAAAUCGUGCUCGUGUUCUCCUUCAUGGUGAAGAUGGCCAUGGAGACCACCAUAAUCUGGUUCAUGUUUGGAGGCUAAACGAACUUGCUGACUCUGGUGUGUGUGGUAUAAUUUGCUGUAACUUGGAUUAUAUAUACUUAGCCCUAAAGGAACCAGGUCAUUGGCUGUGAACAGACAUGUAAAUUGGAGGCCUGUGCAGUAGAUUGUAGGACUUUUUUCUGUACUGUACACCUUAAAACUGUAAACAUAUUGUAACAACACUGUUUCACACUGAGAUAAUGCUGGCUUGGCAGCAAAAAACUGUAGUUUUUAAAAAAAUUUUUAGUUCAUGUUGAGAGAGGAAAAAAUGGCUUUCCCCCCAAAGUAACGUGAACCUACAACACCCAAACCUCUUCUUUGUCCCUCGAUUGUAUGACUUGACCCUUAAAGAAAUCACCUCUUAGGACUGGUCUUGAGCUCUAGAUGCAGUCCAGGCUGCAGUGUAUAUAAUGAUGUUGUAAAUUACACUUCUCUUUUUCUUUCUCUCAUCUUAUGGCGCUCUUCACCAUUUUUAAUCUUUGAUGAAUUAAAGGUUUCACUCAACAGAUCUCUCAUUGCGCAUUGCCAUGUGUUUAUUUACCACCUUUCCUUACAUCCAUAAGGAUGCAAUCUUUCCCCUUGCAAAUAAAAUUUUAGCUCUUUUUUUUGUUAAGGCUGUAGAGGAAUAUAUCAAACAAUACAAGGAUAUUACUCAAACUACUUUAAUCAUUCAUUGGAAGAAAGAUCCAAUAAACGAGUUUGGUUCCCACAUAUUUUCCCAGCAGUUCCCUUAUUCGAUUCCAGUGCAAUGGAUUCAUAUUUGUAUUUCAGAUGAUGUAGCUAAAACUUGUUGUAAAUUCUUUUCCCCCCUUUUUUGGCUUAAAGAAUAUCAUUUAUUCCGUAUGAAAUCUUUAUACUAUAUGUUCCACGUGUUAAGAAUAAAUGUACAUUAAAUCUUGGUAAAACGUUUGUGAUGGAUUUAUUUCAACAUAGAUCAACAUUUUAUGACUUUGCAGUUGGA